AUGUUUUCAUUUCGUUCCAUCUUUUUCUUUAUCACUCUCCUCGCCUCCGUAGCUGCGGACAAAGCAGUUGUCAGAAACUCGAGAUGCGCGUGUACGGCACUCAAAAAGCCUGAUAUUCCUGGAGCAGAGGUCAUCUCCAUCAACGGGACGCAGCUUCUCAACCACACCGUCACCGCAUUCCCAGGCCUCCUCCCAGUGCCAGUUACAGGUCUUGACAUCUGCGCGGUCGACGUGGUUCUGAGGCACCAAGGUGCAAAUGACCAGGUUCUUGUCAAAGUCUGGCUGCCACUGAAGGGUUGGAACGGACGGUUCCAGGCCAACGGCGGAUCAGGCUUCGCAGCUGGUGCUCUGGAUCUGACGCUCGGCCCUACCGCCAAGCUGGGCUACGCGGCAGCAUCAACAGACGCAGGUGUUGGAUUCAACCCCCUAUCGCCUGAUGGAUGGGCAUUGCUGCCGGAUGGGUCCGUGAAUCAAGAGGCGCUGGUCAACUUUGCGUAUCGGUCUGUUCAAGAUGUCGGUCUGGUCGGAAAGGCCGUCACUGAGCAGUUCUACGGAAAGAAAGCUCAAUAUUCGUACUGGAACGGAUGCUCAACUGGUGGGAGGCAAGGACUGGUUGCCGCACAGAGAUACCCAGACCUGUUUGACGGGAUUCUGGUCGGGGCGCCCGCAAUCUCCUGGCCAACGUACGUGGUGGCGGAACAGUGGCCGCAAGUUGUCAUGCACGAGGAAAACACGUUUCCGUCGCCAUGUGAGCUCAAGGCUUUUACCGACGCCGCAGUUGCUGAGUGUGAUCCCAUUGACGGGCUCACGGAUGGAGUCAUCAACGAUCCCAACGCUUGCCAUUUUAAUCCGUACAAGCUGGUUGGACAUGUGAUUGAAUGUGAUGGAACUAACAUCACAAUCGCCGAGUCUGUUGCCAGUGUGGUUCAAAAGGUGCACCAAGGGCCUUAUGAUCAAAGCGGGCAGCGACUUUGGUAUGGCUUGAAUUUCGGUGCUGCUUUGGACACACUGGCCAACACAGUUUUGGUUGACGGGGCACGCAAGGGGUCUUCAUUUUUCGUCAACGAUGCUUGGAUUCGGUAUUGGGUUGCCAAAGACCCCAAAUAUGACCUUGACCAGGUUGAUUACACGACGCUCGCACAUCUGUUUACCGAGUCAGCCCAGGAAUACGAUACCAUUAUUGGUUCAGACAACCCCGAUCUUUCAGCAUUCGAAAACGCAGGAGGUAAGCUCCUGGUCUGGCAUGGCUUGUCGGAUCAGAUCAUUUUCCCCAACGGAAGUGUCACCUAUCGCGAUCGAGUCGAGCGACUGCUGGGCGGUCCGUCCAAUGUAGACCACUUCUUCCGCCUAUUCCUUGCCCCAGGGGUUGACCAUUGCGCCGGGACACCAUCUCUUGGUACCGUUCCGAUCGAUCCAUUUGCGGCGUUGGUAAGCUGGGUUGAGGAGAAGAAGGCACCGGCCCAACUGUCCGCCCAAGUCUCGGGGGCUGAUCGAAUUAUCUGCCCUUACCCUCUGACGGCGAGGUACAUUGGAGGCGGAAACGCUUCCGCCGCUAGUUUCGACUGUCUUUAG